UGAAAAUAAGUUACAACAAAUAAAGAGAUUGGUGAGAUCUCCAUCUCUCCCCUUGCAACAAGUUUACCGGCGGUUAGUUGAAAGAGAAAAAAUAGACCUGUCCUCUUUCAAGCAGCCAGUUUGUCAAGUAUCGUUUUUCCAAGUCGACAUUAAUUCACCCGAGUGUUUCAAAGUGUGUAAGUUUGCAAAUUUCGAAUUAUCCAACAAAUUAGGGAACAAUUUUUGCAAACUAAAAGAUGGAACUAUAAUUAAAAUUCACCAUUUUGUUAGAGGAUCACCUUCAGAAUUAUUUGGACAGAAGUUUAAAAAACGUGAAGAUUUUUUUCAAUCUCCUUGUCCUUCUUCUUUAAUUGGUGUUCAACUUAUCUCCGACUUGAGUGCAGUACGAAGAUUUAAUAUUAAUUUAAUCGAAUCAAAAUGUGUAGUACUUCCAUUUGAGACUGAAUUUAUAUGCUAUCCCUUGAUUCACAGUGAAAUUCAGUGACUUUUUACAAUGCCGUACUCUAUAGUUCAUUUUGUUGAAACUGACGAGGUAGAAAUUAUCCCAAUCAAUUGGCUGUCAGCAAGUAAAAAUAAAUGCUGGUGGCCGCCGUACAAAUCUUCAGAACGCCAAUCGAAGGCCGUCAUGAAUGGGGACACGCCAAAUCAGCAAGUUUGGUUAUCGUUUGACGUAAAAGUUUUAGGCGGAGGCAAAAUAUUUGGUUCUUAUAAUCAAGCAAAAAAUAAUGUUGGAAAAGCAUUGGAAGAAACUGAUCCGGAAUUUGAGAGCGACUUGGAAGUAACUGGUCGAGGGCAACGACACAAGAAAACUGUUCAUCUACCAUCGCCCGGCGACUCCGAUAGUGAAGAAGAACCGCCCAAAAUGAAGCAAAAUCGUUCUGUUCCCACGAAGACAAUACCGCCACCACCACAAUAUUUUAGUUUAGUGGGAGAGGGCUUUCAAUCAGAAAAGGAAGACGGCCACGAAUCAAAUUUACCAGGACCGAGUGACCCCCCAUCGCCAACUAAUUCACAGCAAUACCAAGGCACACUCUCUAGCGAGCAAGUUUUAUCUAGCUCUCACGAAUUGGAAAGCCGUUCGAUUCCUCAGGCAGAGGACAUUGAUACAACUUUCGGCAGAGAUAAUGGCACGUCACCAAACGCAGGAAAUUUAGAAUUCCAAAAGUGGAUGGUACGUCAAAUGAAUGUGAUGAAAGCCCAACUGCGACAACUACAGGAAAGCGUAGACGUUUUAGUGAGCAAUUACAAUUGGGGGACCAAGACGGGUGGUCAAAACGAAAAGUUUCCAGUGGGUUUAUUACCAGUGGAUGAUGAGUCUGACUUGAAGAAACUCGAGGAUUUCGCCAAGGCAUCAAGAAUCACAUUGAUUACAGAACUGCAGAAAGGCAUACGUGCGACCAAGGAUGUAAAGAUUGCUACACAGCGGAUACUAGCCAAGUUGCUGACAGAUAAGUAUGCAUCGUCAUACAACUGGAUUGGUUCAAGAGGACCGAAGUCACCUUUUUCAAAAUCAUGGAUGAAGCACAUUAUAUAUGAGGCAAUUCAAGGACUGGAAAACUUGGGCAACGCUGACGACGACGAGAUUUGGGAAGCAAUUAAAAAUUGGCUCAAAAAUUCCAACAAGCGUAUUGAAUCGGAUAGGAAAAAGUUGGAGAAGUCCAAUGCAGCUCUUCCAUUAAGAAAUACUGGACCAGAAUCAGACAAUUGAUUUUUUUCACAAUUUUUUAUUGUUAUUUGGAUUUAAAACUUUAUGUAAUGUUAAUGGUCAGUAAUAAAUCAUAAUUCCCGCAUCUAA